UAACAAGUAUUUGAUAACAGCUGUAAACCAAGUGUGAAGUAUCCAAACUUUGGUAGCUGAUUUUCGCGCCAAUUGAACACAAAACAAUUAACUAUUAAGUAUUAACACAAAUUAUAACCACUCUUCAGUCUUCACCCAUGUCGAAUGUCUGUAACGUACCGAUAUAAGAAGAAUCAAAGAAUAAUUUUAUUUGUUCACAAUUCACAUACACGUUUCGAACGGACUACGGUAUUGUGCCGUGUGCAGUAAUUGUUGACUGGUGUGCGGUAACUACUAACUAAUCGUCGGUUCUUAUAUUUUUUAACUAUUCUAAAAUUUGGAUUGUGGUGCGCUUUUAAGUUUCUGUUCGUUAUUGUACCUGUUAUUUUUAUGGAUAAUUUCUAAGUCUUAAUUUUUUUAAUGCGUUAUGUCGUAUCUCUGUUUUCUACAAUUGUUUUUCUAUAAUUUGAUUAAAUAGUCAAAACUUGUCUCCAACUAAGACGCGAGCGAUCAUCUACAAUAAUAUAAGAUUUUACUGAAACGCAUUUCUACAUAUUUGAAGAAAAUGCAAGCUCAACAGAAAACGUUGGAUAACUUUAUUAAAAGCAGAAAACGACCUGCAAAUGAUGAUAUUAUACACAAUAAAGGGUUGAUUAACUCCAGUACAGAUGAAGUUUCUAAGCCAAGCAGAAAAUUGUCUUUUGAUGAUCAACCCUUAGUGCAAACAAUUAAAAAACCAAAGAUUGAACCAACCAUGAUUGAGACUCCAAUUUCGAACAAAGAAUCUGAUCCCAAUGAAGGCUAUUCAAAAAAUGUAGCCGAUAAAGAUGAUCAAAAGCGUGACAAUGAAAAUCAAGGAGAGAGGGCAACAACCCCAGAACAGUCUCCAACGACAAAGGCUCAGUUACGAAGAGACUUGGAUUUGGGCGAGUUUCGUAAAAUUGUACGCAAAAAACAAAAUCUUAAAAAAUUACAAGAAAAGAUUAAUAAUGUCAAUCAAAGUCGAAACAAAUUUUUGGCUGCCGAAGCCAAAGUGGAAGAAGCAAAAAAUCAUUAUUUAUCAUCUUUCAAAUCAGUCGAUCUCAUUCUAGAUACUAGUCCUAUUAAAUUAGGAAUGAGUCCAAUUAAAAAACAUCAGUUAAAACCAACUGCUUUGUUUCCUAGCACAGCACAAGCAAUAGUCAGUCCUAGAAAAACUCUUACCUCCCAAAGUCCACAACCUAAGGAGUAUGUUUCGCCCAGAAAGUUGUUGAAUGAAGUUGGAUCACUUUUAGCUAUGUCCCCAUCAAAAAGAUUUUCCACAUUAGUUGAAUCGAAUGCAUUGCCAUUGCCGUUAAAGUAUAGAAUAUUGAAUGAACUAUUCAAGGCUAUGGAAACUGUAACGUCAAUGAUGUUUAGUAGAAAAGAGAAAAUUACAUUUACUAAACUUCAACGAGGCGUUCAACAAAUGACGAGAAAUAAUUUUACCGAACAUCACUUGGCACAAAUAAAAUCUGUUGUGCCGGAAAUGUAUUCUUAUUCGUUAGUGAAAUCAUUAAAGGACAAAAUUAGUUUUGAACUGGUUAUAACUCCAGUUUAUGGUUCUGCUAAACAAGAAAAUGUUGACUUAAUCAAAUUAACAACCCAAAGGAAAAAGACUUUUUCAAAUACUUUACUUGACAUCAUGAAAAACUUUCAUCAGGAUUAUCUCAGUAAUUUAAUUCCACCAAUUGUUAUUGACAAAAAUAAAAUAACAAGAUGGCACCCUGAGUUUGAUGUUGAAUCUGUAGCUGAUAUCAAACCAUCACCUUUGCCCAAAAUAGAAAUCGGCAAACCUAAAAUAACAUCCACAAAAGAUAUAUUGGACCAAUCACAUCAAUUAUUUGCUUAUAACAAUCGUUUAAAUCGAACAUUGGCAACCAUGACGGAAGAACAGCAAAGUUUACCGAAAACAAAAGCUUCAACUGAUGAUGCUAAAAAUGCUUUACACAGUGCAUUAAAGGGCAUUCCAAAAUCAUUACUUUUGAAGAUUCAAGCUAAACAGGUAGAAAAAGCAAAAGAAUUAAUGACAAGAUCCGUCGUUCAAUUAGAUGAAGACAGAAUGAUGAGCAGAUUACCAGAGAUUGCUCGUAGAAUACGUACUUACUUUGUACAAAUGCAAAAAAAUAUCAUGCCUUUAAAAAAAGUUACUGAACAAUUAAAACAGAGUUACCCUGAAGCUUUGACUGAGUAUGAUUGGAAAACUCAUUUAAAUCUCCUUCAGGAUAAAGUUCCUCAGUGGAUUGUAUUGAAAGUGUUAGAUGGAAUUGAACACGUCAAAGUGGAUAAAAAAAUACCAUUUGAAGAAUCUGUGAUAAAAAAAUUGAAUUCUCAUUUUAAAUUUGCAGACUAAUAUUUUAUUUCAGAUUAUUUUUUUAUAUAAGCAACAUAGAUAUAUAUACACAUUAAUAACUAGUUUUGCAUUAUGUCAUUAAUAUUUUUUGAUUUUUUAAACAUUUUUUUGUGAAUAAAUUAAAUUUUUUAUUCGUUUGUAAUUCUUUAUAAUAUCAGUUGAUUAUAGCUGUAAAGUAGUAUUAUACUUUUGAAAUAUAAAUAAUGGAAAUAAUUUUUCAAUAGAAAAUGUUGUAUUCUAUAGAAGUGUAAUUUUAUGUAUGACAUUUUUUAAAAAUAAUUUUAUUUAUGUUUAAAAAAAAAUAAUAACAUUUAUAAAAAGGGUAAUUAUAUAGAUGGUAAAAGAAUCUCUGUCAUUUUUUUGUUAUAAAUUACACUAUAAACAUCUGUUUUAUAGACUACUUUGGUUUAACUAUUUAGUUGUUCUUAGAUGAUAGAAAAGGAAGUUACACUUUGUGUUUGCAACCUUAUGCCAUUUUUUACUAUGUAAUUGUUAUAUUGUGAUUGAUCAAUUGUGCAAAUUUUUUAUAUAUAUAAAAUUGUAUUUAUAUUAUUUUUUUUUAAACUUAUAUUCGAAUAA